GUGUGGUAGGUGAUGUAUUAGUAAUAAAAUGAUAGCACAUAAUCUGAUAGAAAUGAAAAUUAUCACGCUGAUGCAGCAGACUGGUCCAUCUUGCCAAAAUGUCCUGAUCUGGGAAAUGAUCCCCCCAGGACACCCUCCAUCAUCUCAUUAGGAGCAUGCCCAGGUGUUGUGGGGAGGUCACACAGGCACGAGGCUCAACUGAGCCUCAUUUUGACUUGUUUAAAGGACAUUACACCAAAGUUGGAUCAGCCUGUAGUGUGUUUUUCCACUUUAAUUUUGAGUGUAACUCCAAAUCCAGACUUCCAUGAGUUGAUACAUUUGUGAUUUUCAUUGAUAGAUUUUGUAUGAUUUUGUUGUCAGCAUAUUCAACUAUGGAAAGAACAAAGUAUUAAAUGAAAACAUUUAAUUCAUUCAUAUGUACGAUGUGUUACUUUAGUGUUCCCUUUAUUUUUUUUUAUAACAGUGUUUAUCAAUAGUAUAUGGAAUAUUGUGAUCUUAUGCACUGAGGAGUGAGAUGCCAGUGAACCAAUGAGAGCCCUGGAAAAAGUGAACCUCCUCCUGCCCUUAAACACUACCAUAUGGACUUAUAUGUAUAGGCAGGGAUUGUAAACUUGUAAGUGCUAUUUUUUUUUUUUUUAUCUGUCUGCUAUGAAGCCAGUUAUGUUAGCAAGGUUCUUGUCAUUCAUAGAUGUUAAUCAGAGUUUGGAAUGCAAACCAGCAAAACCACUUAUAAAUUAGUCAAAUUUUAAUAAAUGUGACACUGGGGUUUUUGUCAGUCUACUGUCAAUUUCUAGUGUCAGUUGAGUGCAGUAUAUGUGGACAUAAAUUCCAUUGUCAACAGUGAAUGAAAUAGAUGGUACCCCAAAGAUUCUGUACUCUGCCGCAUCUCCACCCACCUCCUUCCCUUAAACCUCCUCCUCAUGUGGGAAUGCCUUAAGAAAUUUUCUGUCAGCUUUUCAAUUCAAAGUUUCAUCCUGACGACAAACAGAGAUCAACACGGGCCACCAUGACAACAUACACUGACAAAGGCGAGAAGCACGAGCAAGGACAGUUUCUCUGCUUUGAUCACUUGACAUUCUGGGUUGGAAAUGCAAAACAGGCAGCGUCUUUUUACUGCAACAAACUGGGAUUUGAACCACUUGCUUACCAAGGCUUGGAGACAGGCAAUCGAGAUGUAGUCUCCCAUGCAGUCAAACAAAAAAAGAUUAUUUAUGUGUUCUCAUCUGCCCUCAAUCCUGGAAACCAAGAAAUGGGAGCUCAUUUAGUCAAGCAUGGAGAUGGCGUGAAAGAUAUUGCCUUCUCGGUGGACAACUGUGACGCCUUAGUGCAGAAAGCCAAAGAGCGAGGAGCUACAAUUGUAAAAGAGCCCUACACCCUAGAGGACAAGCAUGGCAAAGUCAGACUUGCUGUGCUGCAGACAUAUGGCGACACUACACACACAUUUGUGGAGAGGUCAGGAUACAACGGCCUGUUUCUGCCGGGUUUCCACCAGCCUCUAUUCAAGGACCCCUUGCUAGCCACAUUACCAGAGGGAAAACUGGAUUUCAUCGAUCAUGUUGUGGGAAACCAACCAGAGGAUGAGAUGGUUCCAGUGGUGGAAUGGUACCGAAAGAACCUUCUUUUUCACCGCUUCUGGUCAGUGGAUGACAAGCAGCUGAAGACAGAGUUCAGUGCCCUCCGCUCCAUUGUAGUUGCCAACCAUGAAGAGACUGUAAAGAUGCCCAUCAACGAGCCUGCAAUGGGCAAGAAAAAGUCUCAAAUCCAGGAGUAUGUGGAGUACUAUGGUGGUCCAGGAGUGCAACACAUUGCCAUGAACACGUCAGAUAUUAUCACAGCUAUUAGGAACCUAAAAAAGCGUGGGACAGAUUUUAUGUCAGUGCCUGACACAUACUAUGACCAACUGAGGGAGAAGUUAAAACACUCCAAAGUGAAAGUAGAACAAGACCUGAGUGUCCUGCAGGAGCUGAAGAUCCUGGUGGACUUUGACGAUAACGGCUACUUACUUCAGAUCUUCACCAAGCCAGUUCAGGACCGCCCAACAGUCUUCUUGGAGGUCAUUCAGAGACAUAAUCACCAGGGCUUUGGUGCAGGAAACUUCAAAUCUCUUUUUGAAGCCAUUGAAGCCGAUCAACAUGCCAGAGGAAAUCUGAUCGCCCUCGUACCCAAUGGUGUGUCCAAAAAUAUUUGAGCCCAGAUUUACAUUUGUGGGCCAUCUUAGUGGUUUGAAAUGUAAAGUACACCGGUUCAAGGGUGUUUACUUUGUUUUAAAUCAAGAAGCUCAAUAAAAAUGCACAUGUAUACUUUAAUAUUUCCCAUCUUUUACUGUGUUAAUUUACAAUUCAGUAUCUUAGAACCUUGAAAUGUAUUUUUACAGGCCUAUUAUUGAGUUCAGCUGAACUGCAGGAAAACACAAAUGAAGUUCUCAUAAAUUAAAAAAAAAUGUAUUAUCAUUUGUAAGAUAAGGACCAACGGAUGAUUUUUAAAAUUCCAUAUUUUCAGGAAUGUAACAGUAAACAAUAACUGCUAUGUACUGUCCAUACCAUGAUGUAUAACAAAAGAUUGCCUUUCAACAAAUGUCUUUAUAAUGUUUUCCAUUAAGACUGCAUGUACUAGUACAUUAAUUUAACAAAAGUCGAGCGUGUUCUCCCAUUACUGUUU